UUCCUGGGCAUAGCAUUUCUUGGGAUUGGAUUAUGGGCAUGGAAUGAAAAGGGAGUGCUGUCCAAUAUCUCCUCCAUCACCGACCUGGGAGGCCUCGAUCCAGUUUGGCUCUUCCUAGUGGUAGGAGGAGUUAUGUUCAUUUUGGGAUUUGCAGGAUGCAUUGGAGCUUUGCGAGAAAAUACCUUUCUUCUCAAAUUUUUUUCUGUGUUUCUUGGAAUUAUUUUCUUCUUGGAGCUCACUGCUGGUAUUCUAGCAUUUGUUUUCAAAGACUGGAUAAAGGACCAGCUGUAUUUGUUUAUAAACAACAACAUCAGAGCAUACCGAGAUGACAUUGAUUUGCAAAACCUCAUAGACUUCACACAGGAAUAUUGGCAAUGCUGUGGGGCUUUUGGAGCUGACGACUGGAACCUUAAUAUUUACUUCAAUUGCACAGAUUCCAACGCAAGUCGAGAGCGCUGUGGUGUGCCGUUCUCUUGCUGCACUAAAGACCCUGCCGAAGAUGUUAUUAAUACUCAAUGUGGCUAUGAUGCAAGGCAAAAACCAGAAGUUGAUCAGCAGAUUGUUAUCUACACCAAAGGCUGUGUCCCUCAGUUUGAGAAGUGGUUGCAGGACAAUCUUACAAUAGUUGCUGGUAUAUUCAUUGGGAUAGCAUUACUGCAGAUAUUUGGGAUAUGCUUAGCCCAGAAUUUGGUUAGUGACAUUGAGGCUGUCAGAGCCAGCUGGUAAAACUGCUGAAGUAACCACAACAAGACACUGGACAACUGAAACCCUCUGAAACCUCCAGUGUGUCGCUCCGACACCAAGCUGUAUGGACAUGGGUGACAGGGAAGCCUUCUCUCCCAAGUAGUCUCAAGUCUAAGUUCCUGAUUUGCAGUGAACUCAUGUUUCUUUGGGGUGGGGGAGAGAAGAGUGGGCUAUUUAAAAUCUGCUGCUCACUGACUUUUUUUUUUUUGUUUU